AUGGGAUUCCCGCACUUGUCGCCACCCGCCAUCAGUAUCCACGACGUGAACGGUGGCUAUGACAAACCACGUGUGAUCGACCGAUUCAGCCAGAGCUUGCCAACCUACCCUUUUUCCUCUUCAAGUCCUAUGCCGAUUCCGUCCAAAUCAAUGUCCAACUUUUCUCCUCCUCCACCUUUGCCUCCGCCGUCGCGUCUCGCGGAUUUGGAGGACGGCCACGAUGCCGGCUGGGUGCAUGCCAAUUCGCAGGGUUCCAUGUCGACAAGAAAGCUUGCCCCUAUCAGCCCCAGCUCCAGCCUAUUUAGUGGUUAUAUCCACAAUCGACGACCAGAGGCAACUGUGCACAGUGACUCCAUGAUGUUGGAUGAUUUAGAGGGGCGCCAAGGUCGUGUGCCUGUUCCCAGAAGUCCCGAAGCUCAGAUCAGAAUUGAGCCACCACCACCGAUGGACGAUGGAUUUCGCAACUCCGUGGGCCCCCUCCCUGGGCCUGCGUCUAUUCUGCAAGGUGAACGCGACUUUUCUCGAAGGAACAUGAAAGAUGCGUCAGAUAGUUAUGACCAACAUCUUUUGUCCAAAAUUGGGAAACCGCUCUCGCCACCCCAAUCCAUCAACGAGGGUCGAAUGACCUCGACAUUGACUAUUCCGCCUCGCACUUUUGGCGGUUUACCCUCUCCUGGAGGCUCAGACGGUUCCAUGCUCGAUGUGAAAUGGCAGCACAGCCCCAUCUCCGCAGGAGGAAUUUCGCCAGGUACCAAGGUCGGUUGGAACUAUCUCGAUUGCCGGAGUCCGAGUGUGGAAAGCAGUGCGCCUUCGUCAGGUGUGGAACACGAUCAUGCCGGCUAUUCUUACCGACGCCGUGGUGGCAGAACGACACCGGAUACCCUAAGCCUUCCCAGUCGAUCCAACCGGGGAAGUUACGACGAAAGAGCGUUUUCGGAUGUGGAGGGUGACUAUGACGAUUCGUUACCACCGCGACUGUUUCAGGUUCGGGAAGCUACGCCACCGUAUUUGGACCACAUGAGAUCCGGCACGAAACGACGAGCAUCCAGUCCGCCGCGGGAGAUUAUUGCUGAUCAUCGAGGUUCGCUUCAUGUGACUACUAACAAUGGUGACCUUUCUCAACGUCGAACGAGUGGAUAUCCGUUUGGGAACAAUCUGUCGGUUAGCAGCACCUACACUCCAAGCCACGGCAGUCAUUCAGCGGCAUCUUCAAUAAGUUACCGCACUUCCGGAUCAUAUUCGUCAGCAGGGCUUUCUGUGGGUGCUAGCAGUAUGACCAGCGUUUCUCCAUACGACCGUCCCUCUCCCGGUGGACUAUCGCCUGGACUCUCGCCCAACUCCGAUUUAGAUUCGUUGCACGACAAGUCGAUCAUGAACCCCAGCUCUCCUGGUGCUCUUCCCGGGCCGGCCAUGAUGCGCCCUGCGACUUCAGAUACGCUGCAGCCACCCAGCGCCGCCCCACCAAGGAAGGUAUCAUUGCAAAACACGUUGACCGUGCCCAAGCUUGGUGGUCCCAAGGUGAGUGGACUGUACAUCUGCGACUGCUGUCCAAAAAAGCCGAAGAAGUUCGACAACCCAGACGAACUUCGGGCCCACGAGAUGGAGAAGCAGUACUCAUGUCAAUUCUGCAACAACCGGUUCAAGAACAAGAACGAAGCAGAACGACAUCAAAACUCGCUCCACCUCCGUCGUCAUUCAUGGUCCUGCGCUGCGCUCCCGAACUUCCAGGCCGCUUUUCAUUCUUCUGCGACAACGGCGUCUUCAUCGUCCUCCUCGCAAUCCAACAAUAACAGUUCUUCAUCAUCCCACGAUAUCUGCGGCUACUGUGGUGAAGAAUUCCCUAACUUGCCACAGCCUGAUUGGGAUCGUCGCUUUGAGCACUUGACUGCAGUGCACAAGUUUGGCGAGUGCAACAACGCAAAGAAGUUCUUCCGUGCGGAUCACUUCCGUCAGCAUUUGAAGCACAGCCAUGCAGGAACUAGCGGAAAGUGGACGAACAUUCUGGAAAACGCGUGCAUGAAGGAGGAAGCACCCCCUGAGAAGAACAACGCCAGUGAAGAUGGCAAGGCUGGGAAUUCAGGGUCAAAAACAUCCCCUUCCAGUGGAUGCUGA